AUGGCGUUAUCAACUCGGCAGGAUUCAUCAACGGUGAACGCUGUUAUGUCAGCUGUGAUUUACAGCGGCGGGGGGCGGCCGCGGCCGUGCACUCCUGAGGGAUGGCGCGCACCGAAAGCCAAUGGGGCCUCCCGCGGUGGCGGCGAACCGAGCACCGUCCGCCGCCAGGUGGCGCGCGCAAAUAACACAAUAAAUACCAGCUUAUCGCAAAUCGGCUCGUCUCACCGCGGGGCGAUUUAUUCAUGGGCCCCGCGCAUAUGCUUAACCCCGCUCCCAUUUAUCAUCGACACG